AUGGCAUCGAAAAAGGCCAUGAAGCCCCCAGCCGAGGACGAUGAAGAGCGUAGGGCUCGCUCUGGGCACCGCUCUACAACAUCGUCGAAACCUCCUCACUCCUCCACAUCUUCUCGUCAACCAAAGCUCAGCCUUGAGCUUCCCCUGCGCCCUUCUGCUGCCGCGACAAAGCCACUGGAUCCACGUCAGAUCCAAGAAUUACGUGACCACAAGGCCAGACUGGAAGACGACGCCAAACGCAGAAAAGAAGCAGAAAGCACUGCCUGGAUGCGCCGGACCCGAUAUGAUCCUAAUGCGACCGAGCAGCGAAAGCCCAAGAGCACCGGUUCCAGUAGCAGUGACUCUCCCAUCCGUCGAGUUGAGACACCCCCGGAAUUCCCGCCCAACUGGACCGCAGAGGAAAAGGCUAACUAUGAACGUCUCGCAAGAGAAGGGGUAAAAGUGGCAGUUUUCGAGCAACACAGACUCGAUCAAGAAAAGGUUGUCCGACACCAAGACUACAUGACAGUUGCCUGGGAUGGUUGCAAGAACAUUGACAUUCCCUGGCACCGAUUCAAAGUCAGGCCUUCCUCUACCACCCCAGAACCUACUCAUGUUCAGCGCCGUGUUGGCUACAACUCUUCAGGUAAAGAGAUCGAGGUUAUGAUGAACGCAUACCCUAUCAAUUCUUUCCCAGAUAAAGCGGUUUAUCAGUACGAGAUCAAUGUUCUCCAUGGAGACCAAAACGAGACCGACAGACGUGUCCUUAGAAAAUGCUGGAACAGCGAGACUCGAAAGGCACACAUUCCUGAUGGUAUCUGGGAUGGUGGUAGAAUUUGCUGGUCGCUGCGCAAUUUUGAUGACUGGAAUGAGCUUAUCGACAUCAAGGGUGACUUGACCCGAGACAUCAAAACUCUUGCUACUGUCGAUGAGUUCAGAAGGAAUCCUGCUUUCAGAAUGUCCGUUAUUCAAAAACGAAAGAUCAACCUGUCCGUGAUCAACGCCUGGCUGCAAAACCGCCGUGAUCUAGAUGAACUUGUGAUUGAAUCUCUGAGUUUCCUCGAUCAUUUGCUCCGUGAGUGGCCCACCAAGCAAUUUGCUGCAAUCAAGCGCGCCUUUUUCUUUGACAAGCUUGGAGAUGACGAGGAGCUGAAGCAGGAGUUUUAUCAGCCGCUCGCCAAUAUGGGUGCUUCCGUUUACCGAGGUAUCUACCAAGCAAUUAAACCCACUCCUCAAGGUCUAAUCCUAAAUGUUGACGUGGCUCACUGCGUCUUCUUUUCUCGUAUCAGUCUUAUGGGCUAUAUGAUGAAUGUGAAUGGGUGGAACGAUAAGUCGACUCUGGUGAAGAAUCUCCAGUCAACCCGCGACGAAUACGGCGGCACAAGGGAAUCAAAGUGGUUUGCACAGGUGAACAAAAAGAUCCAAGGUCUUCGAGUGGCACCCAACUACGAGGGUUGCCCUUUCAAGAUGAAGAGUUUCAUUGUCAAAGGCUUGAUUCAUGCAAAGCCAAAAGAGUUCUUCAUUGACUACUACGACAAGGCCACUGGGAAAUCGACUCGAAUUCACCUCGAAGAAUACUUCAUGAAACGGUACAACAUCCGCCUUGAAUAUCCCAAUAUGCUCUUGGUCGAGAUGCAAAAGGAAGAUGUCCAUUACCCCGCCGAGUUCCUCGUCAUCAAAGGUCUCCAGAGAUACCGCUACAAGCUUACCGAUGUUCAGGCAGCACAGAUGAUUCAAUGGUGUGCAACCAGGCCCCCGAAACGUUUGGCCAACGCUCGUCAGUCCAAGGAACUUCUCCAACACAAGAAUGAUCCGAUCCUAAAGCUUUAUGGCAUGAAGAUCAGUGAACAAAUGAUCAAGACAAAGGCUCGCCUACUUCCAACCCCCGAGAUUCAGUUUGGAGGCAACCGCAAGCAUAACCCUCAGCAUUCAGGAAGCUGGGAUCUCCGAGGUAAGAAGUUUUACAAACCCAAUGAGAAGGCCCUCCAAGCUUGGGGUGUCGGAUUCUUUUCCGGACAUCGAAAGUCGAUUAGCCAGGACCAGACUCUCAGCUGGGUUGAGCAAUUCGUGAAGAUGUACAAAAGCAUGGGUGGUGAGGUGACUGGUCGACCGGUUGUCAAGGGAUUAAGUGAAGACGUUGGCACCAGUGUCAAAAAGCUGUACGAUGCGAUCGCAGCGCAGAACCAGAAAGAGCCCCAGCUCAUGGUGUUCAUCGUUCCCGACAAGGACUCUUGGGUCUAUCUCCGCAUUAAAAAGUCUGCCGACUGUCGAUAUGGCACUCCCUCUCAAGUGCUCCAAUCUGCACACUGCAUCGCCAAUAGACCUCAGUAUCACGCGAAUGUCCUCAUGAAGGUGAAUGCAAAGCUUGGUGGUAUCACUGCUCGAGCUGUCCCCAAGGUGAAGAGUACAGGUUUACGCCCAGGUUCCAUGAUCAUUGGGGCAGACGUCACUCAUCCAAUGAUGGGUGUGUGGACCCCGUCGUUGGCAGCCAUGUCAGUUUCGGCAAAUUCCACCGCAACUCGCUACAUGGGUGGAUGUGAGACCAAUGGAGAUCGAAUUGAGGUUAUCCGGGACAAAGUGAUUGAAUACAUUCUGCAUCCCAUGGUUGCUGAGUGGAAAGCGACUGUUGGGGGUGGCAAGGCUCCCGAGUAUGUCUACUAUUUCCGCGACGGUGUGUCUGCGUCCGAAUACCAGAGAAUCCUUUCGGAGGAAGUCCCUGCAAUCCGCUUUGCAAUUGCACAUGCGUGUGGUCAGGCGAUCUGGAGCGGCAAAAUCUGUGUUGUGGUUGCCAACAAGCGCCAUCAUCUUCGAGCGUUCCCCGACCCCAAGAAUCGUGCAGCCGCGGACCCCCACGGCGCCCCCCUGCCAGGCACUCUGAUUGAUCGAGACGUGACUAGCCCACACGAUUGGGACUUCCUGCUCUACACACACAUUGCUCUGCAGGGUACUCCCCGUCCAGUUCAUUACCAUGUCCUGCUGGAUGAGAUUGGUCUCAAGCCCAAUGACCUUGAGGGCAUGAUCAAUGAUCAUUGUUACCAGUACAUCCGCUCGACAACGUCUGUGUCUGUCCACCCUGCUAUCUAUUAUGCCCACUUGAUUUCGGUUCGUGCGCGCCACCACGAGGACGUGCCCAUUACAUCCGGCCCCCAGAGUGGCCCAGAGGUGAAAAUGACAAACCCAAAGCCCAAGGAGCCCCGAGCAAAGAGAUUGCUUCCCAUUGAAGGCACCUCAAACAGGCUGGCUCUGGGUAUGUGGUACGUCUAA